AUGAAACACUUUCUGUUACAGGUUGGCUGUGAUCGCAGCAAAAACCUGGUGGAUAUUUGUGGAGAAAAAAAUUUCCAGGCUUUUGUCGGUGAUGCCCUGUCGGUGCCAAUGCGCAGUGGUUCCUGUGACGCCUGCAUCUCUAUUGCUGUAAUCCACCAUUUCUCAACAGCGGAGAGGAGACUGGCUUCUAUCCGUGAACUAGCCCGGCUUCUAAGACCUGGUGGAAUGGCUCUCAUUUAUGUCUGGGCAAUGGAACAAGAAUACAAAAACCAGAAGUCUAAAUACCUUAAGGGAAAGAAUGGUAGUAAAGGCAAGGAGGAGGAAAUCAAUACUGGCACAGCCCACAGACCGCUUAGCGAUCAAACGCUUGAUAGCAGCAGCCAAGACUCAGCAUGUUCUGACCAACUCUUUAAUGACUCGGAGGAUGAAGGCUGUGAUGCAAAGCCAGUCGCGGCCUCCAGACUGCCUGUUCACACUAACCGAACAUCCUUUCACUCUCAAGAUUUGCUGGUUCCCUGGCACCUGAAAGGUGGCUCUAAAAAGAAAGGAGAAAGUGUUGAUACAGUGUCAUUUCCAGCUGGCUCUAAGGAGUUGCAAGAGCUCAGUCCUGUUUUCCACCGUUACUACCAUGUGUUCUGUGAAGGGGAGCUGGAAGCAGCAUGCAGAUCCCUGGAUUGUGUGAGAGUUCAAAAGAGUUACUAUGAUCAGGGAAACUGGUGUGUCGUUCUAGAAAAGCUGUAG